GAUCUAUCUUGAGUCGAGAGUCUGGAGUCACGUCGAUCGCAUGCCAAAAGCACAGCCGCAAAAGAGUCAACAAAAUAUAGCCAUGGCCAAGAACAGCCUCGUAGUUGCAGCUCUCGCACUGUUGGCCCUCUGCAGUGUCAUUCAGGCGGCGCCCUAUCAGGAGCUGGAGCCCCGCAAAGGUCAUGUGCCCGUCUACAUACGCCACGGGAAUGAGCCGCUGAGCGACAUUCAUCCCGGUCUGGCCGAGGCCUUCAAGGAGGAGGGUCUGUCCAAGGCACUCGAGGCAGAGAGUCUGGUCACUGAGAUACCCGAAGCGGCAGCCGCAAGCUCACCAACGACAAGUGCGCCAGCGACGAGCUCAACAGAGUCGGAUAUUGCCAGCUUCGAGACCAUCAAAGCCCAGGCAAAGGAGUAAUGCAAUUGAAUAAACACAAAAUAGUUGCUAAACUUCUUUAGUUUACAAGUUAAUUCCAUCAAAUAAAACCCCAUAGACAGGCAAAGUUUAAGCUCUA